AGGUUUGGAGAGCCUUUCUAACACGCUCACCUUCCUCUCGCAAUAAGGUCAAACUAAUCGAUUCCCUUGAAACUAUACAUUUGCAACUAAUAAUAUUAAAAUCGCACGGUCAGCAAAGGUUAUAAGUUACAAUUGGAUGACUAAUUAACCAGAGGCAGGAGUAUAGUUGCAGAGCAGAUGGUGGCCAUGGAAGAAAUGCUGCAUUUGGGCAAGGCUCCCUUAGUGGGUGUUGUAUUGGCUGUUGUGGCUGUUGCUGUGGCCACUGUUUAUUUCCUUUCUACCAAAAAGCCUAAGGCAUGCUUGGAUCCAGAGAAUUGGAAGUCAUUUAAAUUGGUCAAGCGCACACAAUUGAGCCACAAUGUUGCCAGUUUUCGAUUUGCACUUCCAACUCCAACAUCUGUGUUGGGACUUCCAAUCGGACAGCACAUCAGCUGCCAAGGAAAGGAUGCCGAAGGUCAGGAAGUUAUCAAACCCUAUACUCCUACUACCCUGGACUCUGAUGUUGGCUACUUCGAGCUGGUGAUUAAGAUGUAUCCAGUGGGGAGAAUGUCUCAUCAUUUCCGUGAGUUACAGGAGGGUGAAUACAUGGCUGUAAAAGGCCCUAAGGGACGCUUCAAGUACCAGCCAAAUCAAGUAAGGGCAUUUGGAAUGCUUGCAGGAGGCUCUGGUAUUACUCCAAUGUUUCAGGUAACGAGAGCCAUACUGGAAAACACAAAUGACCAUACCAAAAUAUACCUCAUUUAUGGGAAUGUUACUUAUGAGGACAUUCUUCUUAAGGAUGAGCUUGAUAGCCUUGAGAAGAAUUACCCUGACCGAUUCAAAGUUUAUCAUGUUCUUAACCAGCCACCUGAAGGAUGGACAGGUGGAGUUGGCUUUGUAUCCAAGGAGAUGAUCCAAGCUCAUUGUCCUGCACCUGCCUCUGACAUCCAGAUUUUGAGAUGUGGUCCACCACCAAUGAAUAAAGCAAUGGCAAGUCAUCUGGAUGCGCUUGGGUACACUAAGGAAAUGCAGUUCCAAUUUUAAGUUUUAUAGAUUAAGACGUCAUGAAAUUUUGCAUGCUUCAAUGUUCUUUAAGCUUUCAUUUAUGGCUGGUUUAACUGUUACAGUAGAGCAUACAAUUCAAUACUCAUGCAAUUUUCAUUAUGAGGCAAUGGAAGUAUGGAAUUUCUGGCUUGUGAACUUAAUUUGAAGUAUGACAUUGUGAGGCAAUCUAUGAAUCAAAAUUGUUCAUAAUUUUGAUUCUCAUUGACUGGUGAUAACAUGUCAAGUGUGAUCAUCAGAUCAGUUACAAACUCAAGUUUUCAAUAAUUUUUUUUUUCUGAAUCUCUUAAUUUUA